GUUUGUAUUUGCUUUGAAUACAGAAGAUUCAUUCAGAGACUCAAGAGAGUUGACUUAAAAAAUUGGAUAUUGCUUGAUUUCCUCUAUUUUUCUGUAUAUACAUACUCUGCUCCAUGUCUGUCUCUCAUUAAACAUUUCACAGUUUUCCAAUUCCUUUAGACUUCUAAACAAAGAAGAACAAAAGGAGACGGAAUAAUGGCUUUUUCCGGUGGUGGUGGCCGCUUUGGCAAAGCGGAUGUGGUUCCAUUCACUGUGCAAGUACUUCGUGGGAGAUGGUUUAUGUUGUUCAGUGCUUUUCUCAUUAUGGGAAGCGCUGGUGCAGCUUACGUCUUUGGUAUUUACUCAAAAGAAAUCAAAAAAGUUCUUGGUUACGAUCAAAAGACCCUUAAUUUGCUUGGUUUCUUCAAGGACCUCGGAACUACUAUUGGGGUUCUGUCUGGUUUGCUUGCUGAGGUAGCUCCACCAUGGUUUACACUUCUAGUUGGUGCUGGACUGAAUUUUACUGGUUACUUCAUGUUAUGGCUCUCUGUUGCUGGUAAGGUGUCCAAACCUCAUGUCUGGCAGAUGUGUUUGUAUAUUUGUAUGGGUGCCAAUUCUCAAAAUUUCGCAAACACUAGUGUGCUUGUCACCUGUGUCAAGAACUUCCCUGAGAACAGAGGAAGCAUGAUGGGUCUGUUGAAGGGAUUCACCGGCCUGAGUGGAGCUGUCAUGACUCAAAUCUACCUUUCCAUUUACGGUGAUGAUCCUAAAUCUCUAAUCCUCCUUAUAGCUUGGCUCCCUGCUGCUAUAUCCAUCGUCUUUGUUGGCUUUAUUCGGUUGAUGAAAGUUGUUCGAGUUCAAGGUAUAAACGAAAUGAAAGUGUUCUUCAACUAUCUCUACAUCUCCAUCGCGUUAGCUAUAUUCAUAAUGAUUAUGACCAUAACUCAGAAACAGCAUCCAUUUUCUCAUGGUGCAUAUGUUUCGACCGGAACAAUUGUUUGUUUCUUGCUUUUUCUUCCUAUUGCUAUAACAGUUCAACAAGAGUUUAUUAUUUGGAAUCAAAAUCAGGAGGACCUGAAAUCCCCACCUACAGCAGUUAAAAUUGAGAGUUUCUCAGAAGCUGUGGUACCGAAGAGUUCACCGGAAAUUUUAGAAGCAGAUAAACCCAAAAAACCAGAAGUCUCUUGCUUUUCGAAUAUUUUCAGCCCUCCUGCAAGAGGUGAGGAUUAUACCAUAUUGCAGGCGUUAUUUAGUAUUGACAUGUUAAUGCUUUUCUUUGCGACUUUUUGUGGAAUGGGCACCACUCUUACUGCCAUGGAUAACUUGGGACAAAUCGGAGAAUCUCUGGGUUAUCAUACUCGUGCCAUAAGUACUUUCGUAUCUCUUGUUAGCAUUUGGAAUUACUUUGGGCGAGUUGGUUCGGGUUUUUUCUCGGAAUUCCUUCUCACGAAAUGGAAAGUUCCCAGACCACUUGUAAUGGCUUCCGUUCUUCUCUUAUCCUGCGUUGGUUUUCUAAUUGUUGCAUUCCCGUUUCCUGGUUCAAUCUACCUGGCUUCGGUUAUUACUGGCUUUUGUUACGGAGCUGAAUUGCUUCUGCUUUACACCAUCAUUUCGGAACUAUUUGGUCUCAAAUACUAUGCAACUUUGUUCAAUGUCGGGAUGUUGGCGAGUCCCCUCGGAUCAUACGUUUUCAACGUAAAGGUUGCAGGGGUAUUAUACGACAAUGAAGCAUUGAAGCAAUUGGGGAUUAAAGGCCUCACCAGAAAAGAAGGGGAUGAUUUGACUUGUAUCGGAACACAGUGUUUCAGAGAAGCUUUUCUUAUAUUAACAGCUGUGGCAUUCUCCGGUGCCCUUACUACACUUUAUUUGGUCGUCAGAACACGUAAAUUCUACCAAGGAGACAUAUACAAGAAGUACAGAGAAGAAGCCAUUACUACUAAGACAGAUGAAACUGAUAUGGUUUCGUUCAAAGAUAGCAACACCAAGUAGAUUCCUCGCUACUUCUUCUUUUCCGCCGGAGAUUUUCACAGGUCGACAAACAAUUUGUAGUUGUGUUUGGAAAUAUAGCAGCCUAUCAUGACUGUAAUAUCAAAAUGUCAAAAGUAUCCAUUGUUCUGUAAUAUCCAUAUAUGUAUUUCCAAACUUCAUCUUUCUUUUUCUAUCACUUGUAAAAAAAUUAAGUUGAAUAUAUGAAUUGUUUGCUUGUUUUUUUCUUCCA